AUGUGCAGGGACCAGGAUUGCCCUCAUCGUAUCAUCAGCUGUCGCGAUAUACACCGGCCCUCCUCUGCGCUCCCGGACAGAAGUCUCGAUCAAGAUCGAGAUCGCCAACAGGACGCCUCCUACAGCGUUCAAACCAGCCCCGACAGCAGCAGUGGCCUUCCGCCGCCUUCGAACACAACCAAUAAGCUUGGCCUGCAUCAUUCCAUCGCCCUCCUCUACCUGCGGACCCUUCCGUCAGUACCGUCACUCGUGCAGGGCCCCUCUUCUCCCAACGAGAAUCUCUGCAAGGCACGAAGAAAGAAGCGCAUCAUGGUUGCCAAGGGACUUCACUCGCACCAUCCCGAUGCCAUCGCUGCACGCAGCGGCGCAGCGGGACGCGUCGCUGCAGAGUCCCCGGCCGAAGCGACAACUUCCAAGCCCCUCGAAGGAGCUGCGAGCCGUGCUGCGCUGGCAGACCCUCAAGUGAGCUUCCUCCACACCCAAUCUCAGCUCCCAGAGAUCUCGAGCGACGAGACCGCGUCUGUUGCUUCCUCCGACGGUGGCUCGCAGCAUGGCAUCGAUUCGGACUCCCUCCGCGCCCUCUUCGCGUCGUCAAUGUCACAGCUCUACAAGAGCGAGGUGCCCCUGUACGGCGAUUUGCUCGACAUCGUUGCGGACGUCAACGGAGACAUGAUGAUCCAGCAUCCCUCGCUCGUCUCGGACGAUGAGAUCAGCCGCCUCAAUGUCGAGCGCCACGGCGCGGUGCGCGUCGGGACGCCUGCCGAGCUGGCGUUUCUCUCGCGCAUCUUUCGCGUGCUCGGAAUGAGGUCGGUGGGCUACUACGACCUCUGGGCGGAUGCCGGCCUUCCCAUCCACUCCACGGCAUUCCGCCCCAUUGGCUCAACGGAGCUCAUGAAAAACCCCUUCCGCAUCUUUUGUUCGCUGCUCCGAAUUGAGUUGAUUGGCGACCUCGAGACGAGGCAGCUCGCCGAGCGGCUGCUGGCGAGUCGACGGAUCGCCUCGCCCCGGUGCGUCGAACUGCUCGAGAAAUUGGAGGCAUCAAUCAAGCCGGGCGAGGCGGACAAUGGCGACGACAUCCUACGUGUGCCGCACUUCCUUGCCGUCCCGCGCGAGGACGCUCUCGAGUUCAUUGAAGAGUGCCUGCAAAUCUUCAAGUGGCACUCGCACACCAACGUCUCCAAGGCCGAUUAUGAGCUUCUCAAGACGGCACAUCCGCUGGUCGCCGACAUCGUCAGCUUCCGCGGCCCCCACAUAAACCAUCUUACACCGCGCACUCUCGAUAUCGAUGAGGUGCAGAGGGAGAUGGGAAGGAGAGGAAUCGAUGCAAAGGAGAUUGUCGAGGGUCCGCCUCCGCGCAUCAACCCGAUCUACCUCCGCCAGACGUCCUUCCACGCGCUCAGCGAGCAGGUCAGCUUCAGCAACCCAUUUGACUCGUCGGCGCGCGUCAGUGGCCACCACACUGCCCGCUUUGGCGAGAUCGAGCAGCGUGGACAGGCGCUGACGGGCAAAGGUGCAGACCUGUACGACGAGGUGAUGCGGGCGGUGCACCGGUCCAAGUUCGACCUCGAGCGAGACCAGGCACGCAAGGCGAGCUCCGAAGAGUACAUGGCGAUCCUUCGACGCGAGUUUGACAAUCGCUUCACGGACGACGCCGACGAGAUCAGGCGACAAGGCCUCGGCUUCUUCCGCUACCGCAUCGUCGGUGAUGCCCGGACCAUGUCUCCACGUGUCAGCUCCGGACUCGACGAGGAAGGCAACAACGUGCUCGAGUCCCUCAUCCGCAGCGGAAACGUGGUAGCGGAACCGAUCGUCUUUGAAGACUUCCUGCCUGCCUCGGCGGCAGGCAUCUUCCAAUCCAACCUGAAGGGUCCGUCGUCACCUGCCUCGUCGACCGCCAGCUCCGAUGCGCGAAAGGCAGCGACGAAGAGUGAAAGCGAGGAAGCGAAGAAGAGGCUCGAGGCGGCGGUGGGGACGCCGCUGCUGGAUCCAUUCGAGCUAUACUCGAAGCAGGAGGUCGGCAGCCUGGAGGCGGUGGCCAAGGCAGCAGGUCUCGGCGCCAUUGUCGACCUCUUUUGA